AGAGAGGCCCCAGUCAGUAGCCAGACAUGAGCUGUGAGGGUCAAGCUGGCAGACUGCACUGAGCACAGCUACCACCCACGGCCUGCCUUCCUGAGUCCCAGGCAACAGAAGACAGGUGGCUCUCCCCUUGGCCAAGGGUAGGUGUGGCACUGGUGUCUGCUGCCACUGUGCCCUCACUGGCCUCCUCGCACCAGACUCAGCAGAAGGGGCGACGCCACCCGAGGCUCCCGACCUGACCUAGGCCCAUCCACCGCGAGCAUGGGGCUCCCUGACGUCCAGCUCCGGCUGGUGCUGCUGUGGGCACUGGUGUGGGCACAGAGGGCAGGGUCUGCGUGUCCCUCCUGUGGGGGCCCCACACUGGAACCCCAAGCAGAACGAGCGCUGGUCCUUGAGCUGGCCAAGCAACAAAUCCUCGAGGGGCUACACCUGACCAGUCGUCCCAGAAUAACUCAUCCUCCAUCCCAGGCAGCACUGAGCAGAGCCCUCCGGAGACUGCAGCGGGGAAGUGUGGUUCCAGCGCAUGGGGAGGAGGUCAUCAGCUUUGCUGCCAUCACAGACUCCUCCACCUGCAGCUCCAUGCUCACCUUCCGCCUGCCCACUCCUCGGUCCCGCCACCUGUACCACGCUCGCCUCUGGCUGCACGUGCUCCCCACCCUCCCUGGCACUCUUCCCCUGAGGAUUUUCCGACGGGGCCCUAGGAGGAGACGCCGAGGGUCCCGCGUCCUCCUGGCUGAGCACCAGUUGGCACACCCAGGCUGGCACGCCCUGACUCUGCCCUCUGGUGGCUUGAGGCGUGAGGAGUCUGGUGUCUUGAAACUCCAACUGGACUGCAGACCCCUAGACGGCAACAGCACCGCUGCCCCACAACCUGGGCGGCUCCUGGACUCAGCAGGAGAACAGCGGCCCUUCCUGGAGCUUAAGACCCGGCCCAAAGAGCCUGGAGCAGGCCGGGCCAGGAGGAGGACCCCCAGCUGUGAGCCUGAGACCCCCUUGUGUUGUAGGCGAGACCAUUAUGUAGACUUCCAGGAGCUGGGGUGGCGGGACUGGAUCCUGCAGCCUGGGGGCUACCAGCUGAAUUACUGCAGUGGGCAGUGCCCCGCCCACCUGGCUGGCAGCCCAGGCAUCGCUGCCUCCUUCCAUUCCGCUGUCUUCAGCCUCCUCAAGGCCAACAACCCUUGGCCCUCGAGCACUUCCUGCUGUGUCCCUACUGCCCGCAGGCCUCUCUCUCUCCUCUACCUUGACCGUGAUGGCAAUGUGGUCAAGACAGAUGUGCCAGAUAUGGUGGUAGAGGCCUGUGGCUGCAGCUAG